CCUACGAGAAGUACGUACAUGUACAUGUACGUACAUGAAGGCCUGCAUGUAAGUUUGCACCUGCAGUAGUCAGACUGCGCUUUGUACAUGUAUGUGAAACAUGAUGGACGUUGCACUCGGAAACGUUGCGUGUGUCACCUAUGAAAGUGGCAUGGUCUCGAUAGAAGACUUUCCUCAUGACAAAGGUCCAGUUUGGAUAAUGGGAAGGAAAUAUGAUAUCAACAGGCAUCGGCAAGAGGCCAAGAGAGAUGUACAUUCCAGACUCUGGAUGACCUACCGCAGGGGAUUUGCUAAUAUAGGUGGAACAGGACCGACCACUGAUCAGGGCUGGGGUUGUAUGUUGCGAUGUGGUCAGAUGAUGUUAGCUCAAGCACUCAUCUGCAGACAUCUGGGCAGAGAUUGGAGAUGGAACCCCACAGAGCCAGAAGAGAGCUAUACCAGAAUACUGAAAAUGUUUCUUGACCGAAAAGAUUGUCCAUAUUCAAUACAACAGAUUGCACAAAUGGGUGUUGGUGAAGGCAAGUCGGUCGGUAUGUGGUUUGGACCUAAUACUGUUGCUCAAGUGUUACGCAAGCUGGUUGCCUUUGACAGUUGGAGCAAUAUGGCAGUACAUGUAGCCCUCGAUAACACUGUGGUGCAAGAAGAUAUAAGAAAAGUCUGUUGUGGGUCAAGGGAAACACAGUGCGGACAUGCCUCAUCAACACAGCCCCCAUCAAACAAAUCUGUGCAUGAGACAAAAAGUGAUGCUCGUGCAGAGUCUGCUUUCACACGAGCAUGGAGACCUGUUUUGAUAUUUAUACCACUACGACUUGGAUUGAAUGAGAUCAAUGCAGUAUACGUCAAACGCUUGAAGAGAUGUUUCACCUUACGUCAGUCUCUUGGUGUGAUAGGUGGCAAGCCAAACCAUGCCCAUUAUUUCAUAGGCUUUGUUGGAGAUGAACUUAUUUAUCUAGACCCUCACACCACGCAACCAGCCCUCACAACAGACAAAUGGGGAUUCCUGCAAGAUGAAGGCUACCAUUGUGAUCAUGCUUGCCGUAUGAAUAUCCAUAAUCUUGAUCCAUCCAUUGCACUGGGAUAUUAUUGUCACGACGAAGCUGACUUUGAAGCCUGGUGCAAAGAUAUACAGCAGGUAAUAAAGGAGCAGGAUUUAAGCCCCAUGUUUGAGUUGACUGAGGAGCGACCAUCUCAUUGGCCACCAUUUGACCCUGGCCAAUCAAGUAUGGAAACUAGCUUUGGUAUGUCAAAUAUGACAGGAAAUAAAAGAUGAGUUGGAAGAGGAACCUACUUAUGAUUCUGAUGAAGAGUUCGAGCUGUUGUAAUCUUCCUGAGAAGUGCCUCAUGGUCUUUACACGCCACCUGUGUUUGGUAAUCUAUUUGGGUUAAUGAGGAGUGUUGUUCAGGGGUGAGAUUUGUCAGGAUGUUUCCUGAUUUCAGGAUUUAACUUUUAUCGCUAUUUUCCUGAUUUUACGAUUUUUCAAAAGUUUGUUCAUGAAAUCUGGAAAAUCCCAAGUUUUACCAUCAAGGUGUGGUAUGUAUAAAAAUUGAUACAGAACACGAGAUGGGUAUUUUAAAGGAUGCCCUCAAGCAAACACAAAUGUAUACCAUAGGCCCUACACUGUCGUGGUGCCCGCUAAACCUCGAGUGAUUUUCUUGCAAGGACAUUUCAUUUUCCUUUAAUCUCACCCCUGGUUGUUUAAAUUCCUGCCCAACCUCAGAUGUAGCACUUGUCAGAUUACACAAAACAUAGUCACAAGACUUUUAGCUGUGCACAGCUGUAUACCGGGUGUCUUAAAGAAAAGAAACCAAGAUUAAUUAGUUGUUUCUUGAAGUUGACUAACUAUUUUUGUAAAUGGUCAAUAUAAUCUGUUUCAGUAUGAUGUCCUCUUUCUUAUGACAUUAAGAAAUCCACAUUUCCAUCACACACGACUGAAUACAAAGUGGUUUAAUGUACUGUGUCAGAAACACCUGUGCACAAGAUGCAGCACAGGUUUGCACAGCAUGAAGGAUUUCAAAAGAAAAACAAAAGCAAAAGUAGACUAUUAAAAGCAUGAAUUUAAAGACAACCACACUUAAAUGUCGUUCAACAUGCUCCCCAAUUCUUUCAAUGCAAACUUCUGCCUCUUUUAUCAUCGCUUUUAGUGGAAUAGGUAUCCAGCAUUUUGUAGAUUCCAGCAAAUAUGUAAUUCUAACAAAAAAGCCUUCUCUAGACAAUAUAAAUUAAACACCAAAACAGUGAUUUGGUGCAAAGCCAUUCCUGACUUGGUCCAUUAAACCACGCUGUGCUCAGUCAUCUAUGACCAAAAUUUGCAUUGGGCUUUGGUGUCGUACAAAAGAGGACGUCAUAAUGAAACAGAUAAUGGUUACCAUUACAAAAAUAGUUCGGUUUGCUUUUUUUAAAGACACCCUGUAUAUUCGAAAUUCAAUUCAAAAAGUUGUUUUAAUGAAUAAUUAAGACCUAUAUAUUUGUUUGUAUUGCAGAAAUUGUGUGUACACGAAGUGAUAGUUACCCUGCAUAUUUAUACAGGCCAAAUUUAAAGAGAUUGUACACUUUGCUCUAGACACGUUGGAGCCAUAUACACACCUCGGAUUAUUUGCCAUAAUUUUACUUGUUCAAUACAUAUUUAGUGUUGUAAGUGGGCAAAUGGACAAAGUUCUCUGCAUUUUCAGUUGAUUAACUAAACCUUUGAGAAUUUUCAUGGGGUCCACUUUAUCAGUCAAGCCCUGUAGGCACACUACCAAGUACAUUUACAUGCAUGAGUUUUUGUCCCAUAGUACAUUGUUCAUUUUCCAAAGUGUGAGCAGAAUUUUAUGUUUUUUGAAGAAUCACAUUGAAUUCUUGUUUGAUUAUUGUAUGUUUGUUUGUUUGUUUGUUUGUUUGUUUUUUGUGGUGGUAACUCUUAUUUGCAUGCAGAAUAAUGGAAUAGGAUCAACGUUGUGAUCAAGACAUAAUUAGUCAUUCCAAGUCAUUACAACUCUAAGCUUUCGUCAUUGUUAAUCCAAUAUCCAGGUAGCUUGUAACAUGACUGUUUCAGAGUGAUAAUUUCUGGUAACAUUGAGGAAAGCAGUAAUUGGAAUUUAUCCAAAUGUAAUUAAACUUCUACAUGUUCUGAAUUUUUUUGUAUUCUGUUCAUUUUAAACCUUAGAUCUGAGACGAAAUGCUUAUGUGGUCAAAAUGCUGCACUCCGACUCACUUGUUGCAUUGUUCAUGUUUUACUUAAAAAAGAUUAUCCCAGUUUAUUUCAAAUAGAACAUCUGCCCAGAGAAAAUAUAGCAUGAGGAUCUAUUUUCCGCAAACACUUACCUUCCUAAGUUCUUCAAAAUCCUUCUUAGCAUACUUCGGGAUUUCGAAAAAAAAGUGACAUUCAGUAGCAAAAAUAUGCAUGCUGACUUUAAAGAGUUGUUUUUGUCAAGGUCUUCGGCUGGGCCUUAUGUCUUGUAUGCAUUUACAUGUAGUCGUAUGUCACUAUAUUGUAGCAGUCGCUAGCAACGGGGCCCCAGGCUUGCCUUCGGCCGACUCAAGAGUGGCUGAAGAGGCGACAACGGGGACAGGUCGAUUUGGAGGUAGUCUACCGUCAGGCGCCCAAAGCUACCUGGCACACUGCAGGGGAUCACUACAAGGGGAUUGACGAUGAGGUCGUAACCUUAUUAAUAGGGUUUAGUGUUUUGGGAAAACCCUCGUGCACAAGUGCACUUCAAAAGAUGCCUGGAUUUUUUUAUUGGUCUAGUUUUUUAUCAGUGUUCUUUCUUCAUUUGGUGAAUCCUGUAUAGGUGAUUAGGUGAACCCCUGUGAUUUACAGUUAGCUUAGUGAUGAAAUGCAGAUUAAGAGUUGUGAGGGUGCUCGACCAAAGCUGACUUGGCCUACCCUCGACCUAAUUGACGGCUGCCGCCAGUGACCCUAACGAGUAUUCUACAUCAACGCGCUAUCCUCCUUUCGGUAUCCAGCCAUCGAGCAUAUUAUUUAAAAAAAAAAAAAGCAGAAAAGACCUGUCUUGCCCUCACCAAAAAUGUAUACCCUCUUGCAAAAUUUUUACACCGACAAAAUGUGAACAUGGUGACAUCGAUGCCAAUGUAUUGAGCUUAUUAUUAGGAAAAAACUAGUUGGAAAAAGUUUAUUUAGAUAUUUUCUUGCUAUAUGUUAAAGAGGGUGAAAAAAUAUGGAGAAACCACUGGCGGCAGCUUAUUUUAGAUGAAACAAAUCUGUGAUAAGAGAUUAUAUCACAGGUCACAAUAUACCAAUGCCAAAAAACCCCAGAAUUAUAAGAGGAAAGAUUAUAUCGAAGCUAUUAAAGAAAACCAAAGGCAGUUUUGAUAU